CUGCAGCCGGAGAGAGACCCAAGCUAGCCCGUGCUGUAGCCAGUGUGGCGGCCAGGCGAGGCUGGAGGAGGCAUAGCGGAACCACUCGAUCUUGCCUCUCUCGCUAUUUUCAUGACCUAGUGAUCUGACAUUUUAUCGGAUUGUAUUUUUUGCGGUGGCUUUGGCACAGGUUUCUUUCUUCUCCUCUCCUGGUACCCCCUCGGCUAGCCCUGCCCGCCGCUUGCCCAGACUCACACACAGACACACAACUCAGGAAACAGAAGCAGUUGUCAAGGGGGUGGGAGACCAGCAAACCCGUAGCCGCAUCCACGGCGAGGCAGGCCCGCCUCCCCUGCAAACACGCGCGGCGCCUGAGAGAGGAAGGGGAGCCGCUCGCAGAGGAGGCGAAGCUGAUCAGAAAUAAGGAAGAAGUGGAAGGGGCUGUCGCUGCAAAGCAUCAUGUGGAUCUGUUGGUGAAAGGGGUGGGGGAACAACACCCCCCCUCUUCUUUCCCACCCCAGCCCCUCCGGCAUCUAGAGGGGCAGAGAGGGGGCUCGGUCGGUAGCUGAGGCCGGAGACGCAAAAAUUAAUAAUCUCUUAAGGUAUUUAAAAAAAAGAGAACCAAAAAAAAAAAAAGAAAGAAAGGAGAAGAGAGAAGAUUGCCUGGCAAGAUGGCCGACCUGGAAGCGGUGCUAGCGGAUGUGAGCUACUUGAUGGCUAUGGAGAAAAGCAAAUCCACCCCUGCAGCCCGGGCCAGCAAGAAGAUCCUGUUACCUGAGCCCAGCAUCCGCAGCGUCAUGCAGAAAUACCUGGAGGACCGGGGCGAAGUGACCUUUGACAAGAUCUUUUCUCAGAAGAUCGGGUACCUGCUGUUCCGGGAUUUCUGCCUGAAUCAGGUGGAGGAGGCGAAGCCGCUGGUGGAGUUCUAUGAAGAGAUUAAGAAAUAUGAGAAACUGGACUCGGAGGAGGAUCGAGCCACCAAGAGCCGCCAGAUUUUCGACCAGUACAUCAUGAAGGAGCUGCUGUCCUGCUCCCAUCCCUUCUCCAAGAGCGCCACAGAGCACGUGCAGAGCCGGCUCAGCAAGAAGCAGGUGCCACCAGAUCUAUUCCAGCCGUACAUUGAGGAGAUCUGCCAGAACCUGCAUGGAGCCAUCUUCCAGAAAUUCAUCGAGAGCGACAAAUUCACCCGCUUCUGCCAGUGGAAGAACGUGGAGCUGAACAUCCAUCUGACCAUGAACGACUUCAGCGUGCACCGGAUCAUCGGCCGCGGCGGCUUCGGAGAGGUGUACGGUUGCCGGAAAGCGGACACGGGCAAAAUGUAUGCCAUGAAAUGUCUGGACAAGAAGCGCAUUAAGAUGAAGCAGGGGGAGACGCUGGCCCUAAAUGAGCGCAUCAUGCUGUCUCUCGUCAGCACCGGGGACUGCCCCUUCAUCGUGUGUAUGUCCUACGCCUUCCAUACCCCUGACAAACUCAGCUUCAUACUGGACCUGAUGAAUGGGGGCGACUUGCAUUACCACCUCUCUCAGCACGGGGUCUUUUCCGAGGCCGAGAUGCGCUUCUACGCUGCCGAGAUCAUCCUGGGCCUGGAGCACAUGCACAACCGCUUCGUGGUGUACCGGGACCUCAAGCCAGCAAAUAUCCUGCUGGAUGAGUUCGGUCACGUCAGGAUCUCGGACCUGGGACUGGCCUGUGAUUUCUCAAAGAAGAAGCCUCAUGCCAGUGUUGGCACGCAUGGGUACAUGGCGCCGGAGGUGCUGCAGAAGGGUGUGGCUUAUGACAGCAGUGCCGACUGGUUCUCUCUGGGCUGCAUGCUCUUCAAGUUGCUGAGGGGGCACAGCCCCUUCCGGCAGCACAAGACCAAGGACAAGCAUGAGAUCGACCGCAUGACCCUGACCAUGCCUGUAGAGUUGCCCGACUCCUUCUCGCCUCAACUGCGCUCCCUACUGGAAGGGCUGCUCCAGAGAGAUGUCAACCGGAGGCUGGGCUGCAUGGGGCAUGGGGCACAAGAGGUGAAGGAGGAUCCUUUCUUCCAGAGCCUGGACUGGCAGAUGGUUUUCCUGCAGAAGUACCCACCGCCCCUGAUCCCGCCACGUGGGGAGGUGAAUGCGGCUGACGCCUUCGACAUCGGGUCUUUCGAUGAAGAGGACACAAAAGGGAUCAAGCUGUUGGAUAGCGACCAGGAGUUGUACCGCAACUUCCCGCUCACCAUCUCGGAGCGCUGGCAGCAGGAGGUGACGGAGACCGUCUUCGACGCUGUCAAUGCUGAGACUGACAAGCUGGAGGCCCGCAAGAAGGCCAAGAACAAGCAGCUGGGCCACGAGGAGGACUACGCCCUGGGCAAGGACUGCAUCAUGCACGGCUACAUGUCUAAGAUGGGCAACCCCUUCCUGACACCAUGGCAGCGGCGAUACUUCUACCUGUUCCCCAACCGGCUGGAGUGGCGAGGGGAGGGCGAGUCCCCGCAAUCCCUGCUCACCAUGGAGGAGAUCCAAUCCGUGGAGGACACUCAGAUCAAGGAGCGCAAAUGCAUCCUCCUCAAGACUCGGGAGCAUAGGCAGCUCAUCCUCCAGUGUGAUAGCGACCCUGAGCUGGUGCAGUGGAAGAAGGAGCUGCGCGACGCCUACCACGAGGCCCAGCAGCUGCUGCAGCGGGUGCCCAAGAUGAAGAACAAGCCACGCUCGCCCAUAGUGGAGCUCAGCAAGGUGCCGCUGCUGCAGCGCUCCAGUGCCAAUGGCCUCUGACCCCCACGCCCCCCUUUUUCCCCCGGCUUUAAUUUAUUGGGUUGGGUUUUACUCGCACCCCCAGCGGAACCGUAACUGUUAAUUUGCUGAUCCUUGUGACUCCCGCCCUGCCCCCUACUGGAGGAGGUGGGGCAUCUGGAGGGCGUGAGGCAGACUCCGCCCUCUCCCUAUUUGGGGAUGGUUCCUACAUUCUGGAUCCAUUUCUCCCCUCCUUCCCAUCUCAGCUCAUGGGGCAGGGGUGCUGGCCCUGCCCCCAGCAGGACGCGGGAUGCAGGGAUCACAGGGAAGAACUUCCUCUUUGGCACUUAACUUCCUCCUUUCUCUCUCCAUUAUCAAAUCGUUGUUGGUGCUGGAGAGCUCUGUGGUGGAGGGGGGCAUGGCCCAGAUCCCUGGCACACUGGAGGGCUCUGUCAGCGGGGGGGUUAUGGCCCAGGGUAUGCCCUUCCCAGCCUGUAGAAUGCAGUGAGCAUUGGCGAGUAGGGGACAGACCUUGCCUCCAGCCCCUUCUCCAUGGGUUACCAGCUCUUACUGGAAGGGAAUCCAGCCCCAGCAAUGCUGUCCCAUGGCUGAGGACCUACAGUGCCAUCUGAGAGCGUUGGGGCUCAGGAUUGGUCCUGCUUUGAGCAGGGGGUUGGACUAGAUGACCUCCUGAGGUCCCUUCCAACCCUGAUAUUCUAUGAUUGGCCAGGGGCCCAAAGGGGUGGGGGCUGGGUGUGGGAGGAGCUUCACUGCCUGGCAGGAUCAGGCCUGGGGGGGGGACCACCGAUUCCAAGAGGAAGAGUCACAUUAGGAAUGAACAACGAAUUAUCUGAUGGAGGCAAAUACCUUCCCCCCCACCGCACCCCUUCCCCCGGCAGCCUCUGCCCAUGCCGACAGCCCCAGCCCUGCGCUCCUGCCCCCACUGUGCCAGUGCCCCUCAGUUCUGACCCCACAGCCCCACCCCCCCCGCUAUUGCAUUGCUAGGAUGCCCGCCUCCCAGGGUAUUUAUAAUAAACUGUGCCAAAUAGCAAGAUGCCAGUCCCUGACCUGGCAGACACAGGCAACUCGUUUCACCCAUGAGCGAUGCCAAACCCAAACCCAGGUCUGUGCAGGUGGAACUGCCCCCAUUGUGCCACGUCUCUGCCCUCCCAAGGAGACAGGCGCUUUGCUGGGCCCUAGCCUUAGGGGCACCUGGGCCUUGUGCCAAAGGAGAAGGAAGAGUUGCCUGAUGCCAGUGCUGUCCGGCUGGCUGGGGUGGGGGCUGAGCUUUGCGGGGGGGGAGGGGGGCGGUUGUUGCUCAGCUAGCCGGAGGGCCAGUGCCAACACCAAGUGCUGUGUGUCUGAGUCCAAGGACGGCCAAUGUAAAUAUGUCUGUGCCAUGGAGCCCCUGUGCCCAGGGGUGCUGGCCCUGCUGCCCCCUCCCAUCCAUGGCCCCCUGUAUUAUUGCUCCAGCCAGACCCCCCAGCUCCUCUCCCCUCCCCCACUCAGUGUUAUAACACGCCCCCCCCCGGGGCAGGGGGCUCUUGGGGUGACUUAACCCUGGGUCCUUUUCCACCCCCUCCAUGGCGGGGUAGGAGAGAGGGCAGGGUAUGGGGGGAACAUUUGGCAAGGAGACUGGGGGAGAGGUCUCCCUUCCCCUGUUCUCCCACAUCUCCAUGGUCUCCCAGCCCCCAACCGCAUGCGAACCUGGCUGUGCUGCAUGCACCCUCCUCCCCCGCCCCGUGUGAUGAGUUCUGCCCGUUCUGCCAAUGGCUCUUUUUUUCCCCCUUGGGGAGCGAUUUCCUUGGGGGGGGGAGGUUGGCCCUCCCCCCUCGCAGUGUCUGUAAAUAUUGGUUUCUGGACCGUCUCUUCUCGGGGUUAAUUUUUUGGCCGAGUUUUGAAUGUGAUUUUAACGAGUGGAGAAGAAAAAAAGACAACUGAGUUUUAUAAUAAAAAAGUGAAAAAACGGG